GGGCGUCGGCGGCGUUACAUGUGCGCGUGCAGCAGCAGCAGCAGCGUAGCCAGUCUGAAGUGAAGUGUGAAUAACCACAGUAGCCCGUGGUAUUCUGGAUUUUCGUCGCGUUGGUCACUCGUGUCAGUGGAAGAGAAUGGCGGCGGAGGAAGAAGGCGACGCUCUGCUGUUUUUAAUCCAGCAGCACUUGGAGGUGAACGGCUUCGACAAAGCUGCCAAACUGCUGCAGAAACACGUUCAUAAGGUGGAAACCGCCGAGAGGAGCUGCAACCUCCAUGAUAUCUACACAGGCUGGAUGAAACUGUGCUCCAAGCAGGAAACAAACAAGAAAAACGGAGCAGAACAUGCCGCCAUUGCAGAAGAAGAAGAGGUUGUCAAUGGCAAAUUAUCCAACAACGGAGAAGAAGAUCAUGUGGAGGCAAAGCCACUACUUGGGUCACAGGCAGACAGCAAUGGCGUGGAGUCGUCCAGUGUGAGGAACGGCACUGAUAAUGGAACGGAGGAGGCAGAGACGUCGACUCCCAUUGAAGCGUCAACAGUGAACGGAGCAGAGACGUCCAGCUCCUCUGAAGCAGCUGAACUGACCACAGUGGAGCACGACACGACCAUCGAUGCGUCCACACAGUCGACUCCCGUUGAAGCGUCAUCAGUGAACGGAGCAGAGACGUCCAGCUCCUCUGACCCCGCUGACGCGGCUGAACUGACCACAGUGGAGCCAGAACACGUGGAGCACGACACGACCAUCGAUGAGUCCACACAGUCGACUCCUGUUGAAGCGUCAACAGUGAACGGAGCAGAGACGUCCAGCUCCUCUGACGCGGCUGAACACGUGACCUCAGACCAGACUGGGCGUCGACCUCACGCCGAGCAUGACGCGAUCACCGAUGAGUCCACGCAGGAACCAGAAGCGGUCAUGGACACCACAGAUGACGCCUCAGUGUCAGAGCAGACAGCUGCCAAUCACACAGAGGCCACACCUCCCUGUACCCAGGAGGCAGAAGACGAGGAAGGCGGUGCUGCAGAGACGCCGAGUCCGGCCGAGCCGGAGGAGACCAAUGAGCAGCUGGCAGAGGCAGAAGCCCCGCCCCCUGCAGACCCUGAAAAUCCAAGUGAAGAGGAACAGGAUGACAAAGUUGAGGAAGAAAUUAAAUCAAAGGACAGUGACAUCACAUCGUGUCUGACGCUGGAGCGCUCAUCAUGUGACCAAGACGACGCCGUCACUGACACUGGUAACAAUUGUCUUUAUCGCCACCAAGGUGGAAAAGACGAGGCGACAGCGGCGGCAGCAGAAGAGCAAACAGACCCAGACGACUUCAUCAUCAUCAACAUUCAAGUCCAAGAUGGUGAAGCAGCUGAGGGAGAAAUGAGCCAACUGCUUCCUGUGGAGGUGGAGGAUCAGGAUCAGGACGUGAAAACUCCCAAGAAGAAGAAAAAGAAUAAGAAAAAGGAAACGGAAACCUCCGCUGCAGACACUCCAACCACAGACUCUCUUAUUGAUACUCCUCUCACCUCCAAGUCUGACAGGAAGAAAAAGAGAGACAAAAAGAGAAAAGAGGUGGAGGAGGAAGAGGAGGAUCAGGGGGAAGAGAAGCCGGUGUUGGAAGAGGAGGUGGUGAUUGUGUCUCAGGUAACUCCAUCAAAGAAGAAGGCAAAGAAAAGGAAAAGGGAGAGAGAUGCAGUAGAAGAGGAGGAGAAAGAGGAGGAGGAGGAGGAGACCCCCAUCCCAUCUUUGGAAAACAAAAUUAAAAAGAAGAAGAAGAAGAAGGAUAAAGAUCUGGAGGAGGAAAAGAAGGAGACAGCUGAGGCGUUGGACGAGAAGGAGGUAGAGAAUCCUGUGAGUCCAGCAGAGACCAAGAAAAAGAAGAAAAAGAAAAAGAGUACAGAGGAAGGAGGACAGGAGAAACCAGCAGAGGGCGACACAGACUUAGAAAAGGAACUGGACACAACAGUCAUGGACUCGUCUCAACUCUCCUCAGGACAAAAGAGGCGUUUCAGGAAGAAACUGAGCCUGAAGAAGAGACUGAGGCAUCACAAGAAGGAAGAGCAGAUGAUGAGGAAGAAGAAGAAGAAGAGCAGCGACGUCUCUGCAGCACCGACGGAGACCACGGGAAAAAAGAAACGGAUCCAAGAGGCAGUGAAGGAGACACCUCAACCAAAACCAAGUAAAAGAGCCAAACCUGUACUGAGCCAGGACCACGACACACCAAAGAAGAAGAGGUGUGCUGAACAAGAAGAGAAUUCCUCAAAGGAAAACCAACCUCCAAAGACAAAGAAGACCAAGAAGAGCAAGAAGAGCUUGGACGGAAGCGUUGUGGUGAGUGACCUGACAGCUGAGCUCCUGGACGUGUCCUUCUCUUCCUCUGAGCUGGUAGAGAAGAAGAAGAAGAGGAAGAAGAAGAAGCAGGUCGAUGGAGGUGAAGAGAAGACAGGAAACGUAACUCUCAUCCCUGUCAGUCAAGAUAAACCUGCAAAGAAAAAGAAGAAGAACAAAGCGGCUGAGGAAACAUCCACGGCUCCAGCUGCUUCCACGAAAAAGAAAACCUCCAAAAAGAAGGUGAUCUCUAAUUAAAUGUGGUGAAUUCUCUGAUGAUCGUUGAAGGGAAGACAAAAGAACGUUGGACCUGAAAUAAGCCGAAAUAACUGGACAAUCUGCUCAACUCUGGUGCCUUCACGUCUGGUGGUUUCUAAACGUUUUUUCUCUUGAACUGUGAAAACAACACUAACUCAUAAUAUGUACCUUUAGGUCCUAAAACAGGUAUUACCGUCUGGAUCCAGAUAUUUGAAAUGGUUCUUACCUUAUUACUGUUAAAGGGAAAGUUAAGGGUUUUUGUAGUACUGACAUGAAAACAAUGGACAGACACAGUGGAAAUACACGGACAACAGGUUUUAGUGGAUUGUGUCUACAUCAGUAAGUGUCUUGUUUACCAGAAGCUACCAUAAAAAUACACAAGUGAGCUGUUUUUAAACCUAUUUUCUAGUUGGAAAAAGGUCGUCUGAAGAGAUAAAUGGCAAACGCAUUAAAAUAUUGUCGUCUUAACUGGCUAAAAUCUGUUUCUCCUUAUGUCCCCACGAGCAUAAAUGUCAUCACUUAAGAGUAAAACGUUGUUGUUUCAGGCUGGUUCUGUCAGUACCUCACACAACCACACCCCAAAAACCUGAACUAUCCCUUUUAAAUCCUCCCGUCGCCACAUUAUCAAUAACUUCACUGUUUUUACUGUUUACUGAGUGUGAUCGACGUGCUUCGUGUGUUGGGAACAAACUGUGAAACCCAUUUCAGAUUCUUCUCUGCUUUGUAGAAAAGGUGGUCAGAAUUCUCCUAACACUAACACACUAACAAAUAUUGUGAUUUUACUUUAUUUUCUCCUUUUUUGAUUUUGUUUACGUUUUGUUAACUAUGCACCGGACUAAUUGCUGUUACUCAGUGGGUCUUAUUUAAAAGUUUGACUUCUUUGUUUACUCAGUCUGAUAAGCCAUAUGUUUUCAUGUCUCGGGAGUUGGAAUCAACAAAUCUGUCCCUGUAUGAGCUUUUUCAAGUUUUCCAUUUAAACUGUUGCAUUCGUGUCAAGUUGGAGUGACUGUACCUGUACUAACAUAGAGCUGGAGAUUAUACUGCGACAUCUAACUUGACUGGACAAAAUAAAGCAACAAAAAUGUCAACAAUAA